AUGCGCGAGCAACCCGCAGACACGCCAAGCAGAGGCAACGGUCAGCGGGAACGGCGCCUAGUGGGCGACCCACAGAGGGCCGGUCUCAGCCAGAGGCUAGAAGGGGGGGGGCGGCACAACAGCCGAGCACCGACCGCAGACCCCAAACUGGGGCACGAGGACACCUGCGGAGCAGAGCCGCAGGGCCCCCAUGAGGAAGGCAGAAACCAGGCUGUGGCUCCCAACAGAGCCACCAGAGACCCUGGCGAGAGGAGCAGAGAUCGCAGCAGCUCAGACCUUGAGGGGGGAUCACACAUCCCCAUGGCCCGCACGCCACGCCAUAAACAACCACCACCGCCCAGUAUACUGAAGCCGGGCGGAGGGUGCCCAGGCGUCCACCAGACGGGAACCGAGCAGCCGCCAACCAGCGAGCCGGGCACUACCAGCGGCCAGACACGCCGGUGGAGACGGCGAGGAUCCGGACGUGAAACCAGGCCCCCAACUGGGACAGCAGGGGAGGCCAUAAAAAUCGCCGACAGACGGCCAAAAAAGGGGCCAAAGGGCGCAACAAGUGCCCCUACACCAGGACCCUCUGAAGCGGCAGCCGGACCAGAACCCCCGGUGGCAGACUAUGGCGGGAUAGGGCACCGGCAAACAGAACACGAGGCCGGGAAGAAACGAGGCCAGCAGCCCCGCAAGGGGAGGGGCCAGCCACACGAGAGACUAACAGACCCCGUGCCCCCGGCAAAUGGCACAGUACAGCAAGGCAGCGUCGACUGUCUGCACAGCACAAACCACCCCCCGCAGGCACGGGCAAAAAAUGCCCAAGCGCAAGGGGAGCCGCAAGCAGCCCCAGCACAUCGCUGUGAAAGGCGUGGCCCAGUACAGCCCAGCGCUGCCAACAGCAUCCCAUCUCGAGCGACCGGCACUGCAGUGACCAAAUCGUGCCGGACAGGGGCCAUACCCAACAGUAAGCACUGCCACAAGCAGACACCGUUCCGCCAAGGCAACAUCGCACCGGCGGGAGACAUUGAGCCACCGGUGAGGGGCCGUACGGCAACCAGGCGAAAGCCGGUCAGCCACCGUAGGAGGUGGCGCAAUAAAAGAAGACCCAGGGGUACAACUGCGGACAAGGACGCCAACAAGCCCAUGAGCCGCGGGAAGGCCACAUACUGGAACACCCGAUCAACCCAAAAACACAAGGGGAGGCGCAGAGCGUCUACCCCCACGGGACAACGGAGGAGCCAACAUGGCCACCACGUCCAUAGACACCCCAAGGAAGGCCACCCGCCGAGAGGGGAACAAGCAAAACAGCCCCAAAUCGGCCUAGAUGCCCCAGCGAGCCACGUGGGCAAGAGCAACGGCCCAAUCGGGGCACGCCCAAGCGCGCAAUGGCGCAAACACCAGCCAGCCGUCGAGGCAUGGUAG